AUGUCUUUGGACAAUCCCUUUGUCGCGCUUGAGCCAGCCAUUAUAGCCGCUUGCGCCAACCAUGAGAAGGACAAUUUCACAGUGCCUGGCUACAGACGCCUCAUCAGUUUCGCCAACUACAUUAUAAAAUUUGGCGACUCCCGGUGCUUCUCCUCCGAAGUCCAAAUGCACGACCACUUUGCUAAAGUUACCGAAAAGGACCUGACUGCGCCACGCGUGCCCUUAAUUUAUCACAGCUUCAAGCAUGGACACCUCACAUUUGCCAUUAUAGAGCCUUUACAGCUGAUUCCGGUUGCGGAAGACAUCUUUGUCCAGAAGGUGGCCGAUGCCGUUCUUUGGAUGUAUAGCCAGACAUGCCCUGCUGGUGUCACGCUCGGCCCUCUGGGAUCGGGCUUCGCGUGGCACGAAGUCUUCAAGGAUUAUCGUGCGCCGCUGCCGUUCACGAGCAUUGUUGCCUUGGAAAAGUAUUUGAAUGUGGCUGUUUCGCUGCAGCAGCGAAGACAGAAAGAUCUAGCCAAUAUAAGCAUCUCUGGCGAGCGCUUGAUGCUCACUCAGUCUGACAUGGAUCCCAGCAAUUUCGGCAUCGAUGAUACCGGGCGAGUGGUUAUAUUUGAUUUUUGCGAGAUAGGCUGGCUGCCGGAAUCUCUUGCCAACUAUACGCUUCUCUGCACUGGGCAAUUUGCCUCCAAAGUUGGUGCGCGCGUGUUUGGCGACCACCUUGACUCUGUAAGGGCAUCGUCCAAUCUGGCUUCGCUGGUCCAGGUAAAGGUGCUUCUAUGUAUGGCAGCCAGACCCACCCUCGGUCUCGACAAGGACGGCAACCGUAUCAGCAAAAAUGAUGGUUCCAUGGUGGGCCGUGUAUAG